UAUCACUCCAAUUUAGAAGAUGUUCUAAACAUUGAUAUUGUCAUCACUGGCAUUGGUGAUCUGGUGAUCGGGUAGUGCGUUGGACAAGAUGCCGAGAAAUAGGAGAACGUUCAUUAAACGACAUAUUGACGAAUAUUGUGAAAAUUCAUCUUUGGCUGGAGUUAAAUAUGUUGUCGCUAAAGACAGAUCAGUAUUUGAAAGAGCUUGGUGGAUGAUCGCAAUCACAUGCAGUUUCCUGCUGAGUUUGUACCUGAUUAGAGGAUUGUGGGUCAAGUGGAAUGAUUCGCCUGUUAUAGUAUCCUUUGCAGAAAAGUCGACCUCUGUAUGGGAAAUUCCUUUCCCUGCUGUUACCAUAUGCAGCAGCAGCAGAGUGAGACGAUCGGUCUUCAAUUACACAAAGUAUUAUGAAAUGGAUGAUUAUGAACUCACUGAGGACGAAAGAAGAAAACUUUCUAGCGUUGAUUUGCUGUGUUUGAAACCUGAUGAGAAUGGAGAAGAACUGAUCAAUGAAUCAAGGAUUGACUCUCUAGAAGAGGUUGUUACAGAAGAAUUCAUAAAAAUAUGCGCUUGGGGAAACGGUUUAAACAUCAAUUGUAGUAAUCGUUUCACUCCAAUAAUGACUGAUCGAGGAUACUGCUUCACUUCAAACUCACUUAGUCAUUCCGACAUUUAUCAUGAAGAUGGAUUGAAUUCCAAGUAUCUGAAAUCACUUCCAAAUGCUAUCCAUUGGGACUUGGAGAAAGGCUACGAUAAUAAAGCUCCUUUGAACAUGUCUUAUCCACUCAGGGUCAACAACUCUGGCAAGAAGUUAGGCCUAUCGAUUCUGAUGAUGAUGAAUACCAGUGAAUAUGACAUGCUAUGCUCGGGCUUUCUAAAAGGAUUCACGGUAACAUUGCACAAUCCAGCUGAGAUUGCUCCUGUUUCUGAUCGGUAUUUUGAUGUGCCUCUCAACCAAAAAGUAUCUCUGGCUGUAAAGCCCAAUAUGAUGACAACUAGCAGCAAUCUCAGGAACUACAGUCCUGAACGCAGGCAAUGCUAUUUUGCACAUGAAAGGAAGCUUGCAUUCUUCAAAGUGUACACUCAAAAUAACUGUGAAAUGGAAUGCCAAACUAAUUACUCCUUGAAGGAAUGCGGCUGUGUUUGGUUCCACAUGCCAAGAGCAAAGGAUACUCCAAUCUGUGGUGGAAAGCGUCAUGACUGUGUAUUAUUCAAGGCUUUUGAAAAGAGGAUUACUGAUGAGAUACAUGCAAAAUUCAAUAAUGAGGUAGGCUCAACUUGCAAUUGUUUGCAAUCAUGCACGUCACUUGCUUAUGAAGCUGAAACAUCUCAAGGAAAUAUCAUGGAUAUAAAGGAUUUGAUGGUUUUAUUAGAUCAUCCACAACUGGGAGCACAAGAUUUAUCAUAUUCAUUAUUAGAAAUUCAUUUCAAGUAUCCUCAGUUCAUUGCAAGUCAACGUAGUGCUUUAUACGGACUAUCCAAUUUUCUUGGUAUUUGUGGUGGACUACUUGGAUUGACUAACGGUUUUUGCCUUCUGAGUCUGGUUGAAAUAAUUUAUUACUUGACAUUGAGACUUUACAACAAUUAUUAUUCCCAGGAGGAAGAAGAACGAAAUGACACUGAGAUGGAUGAUUUAGGAGAAUUAAAUGUGUGAGACUAUUGCUUGCUGCUUUUAAAAUCACAGUCAUAUAUAUAGCCAAUUGAAAGAAUUUUUCACGCAAAUGUGAAACAUGACUGAUUAAUUGUUUUUCACUCUAAACUUAUUGACACAGAGAUGUUGUGUUCCCAUAAAUGAGAGUGAAAUAAAUAAUAUUUUGUCAGU